AUGUCGGGGCCAUACUACGAAGACUACGAGCCUCCUCCAGGACCACCACCUGGUUUUAUUCAGAAACAACAACAACAGCAACAGCAACAGCACCAAUAUCAGCAGAACCAGCAGGCAAGCACGGCGCACCCGAGCGCGCCGCCUGGGUUCCCGUCACCACCCAAACAGCCUGCCGCUCCCGCUUCGCAAUGGAAUGAGCACAUGUUUUACUCGAAUGGGAACGGGACGCCUUUCUUCAACAGCCUGAUGAAGGAGUUCUUCGGCAAGCUUGACCCACAAGGGACUGGUUAUAUCACACCAGAAGCCUUCUCCAACUUCUUAGAUGCCUGCCAUUUCCGUGUCGAUGAUAAUGUCUGGAAAAGAAGCCACAAGGGUAACAUGAUGUUCUCGGCGGACGACAUGGCCGACUUCGAGCUCAAGGCUGCCCUGGAGGGAUUCUACUUCGACCACAAAGUAGUGGUGCGAAAUCCACGAGCGAAGCAGCUUCCGUAUGGCGGAAUGCCCUUGCUGAGCCUUGUGGGUUUCGCCGACUUUAUGGCGGUUGAAUUCUGCGCCGACAUUGAUCAGCACCUGGGCGGGCUGAACCAUGCCUUGCGUUAUUACGGCAUCUGGCCUGAGAAGGGAGCCAUCCCGCGCCACGUCUUUCUCGCGAGGUGCCCACCCGAGCUCCAGCGUCGCAUUGACGAAUCUUCUGUGCGGUGUCGCGGCGCAGCUCAGACAAGAGUAAAUGCGCACAGGGCCCAGAAGCAGUUGGAGCUUCAGGGACAGCAAAAUGCGCUUGACCUUAUUGAUGGACCGCGUCGUUAUUAUUAUUACUGA